GCUGUUUAGCAGCAGCAGCAGCAGCGCCAUUGCGGUUGCAAAUGUAACCAACUUCAGAUUAUUGUUCGAUCAUCUAUCGCACAUCAAUCCAGCGGUUAAUAUUUCGUUAUUUUACGUUAUAUUUCCAAUGUUGUGCCAAUUCUCAUUGUAAUUUAGUGUCGACGUAACUUUAAAAGUAACAAGACAGCUACAAAUGUAAUCAAUCAGUCGGUUGUGUUUGCAAACGUGCAUAUGCUUUGUUGUGAGAACCACCUUUAUCUGCUGUCAUUCUGAGGUGUAAGCAACUGAUUUUUUCAAUAAUGAAACAUAAGUUGCUCAUUCAAUGUUAGGAUAUAGAGUGGAAUACGGUACCGAAGGACCGAAACAGCAUACAAUUGUUGAUGUGUCGUGAUGCGAGUGUUAUUUUCACACGGGGCAGUUAUCAGGAGAAUGUGCGGUGGCGUUUAGGCUCAGUUAUAGCGGACGUCAGACACGGGGUUCGGGAUGGAGCAAGUGAAGGACGAGGAUCGUAUGCGGCGGCUGCGCGCGCUGGAGGAACGGUUGUGCGACCCGCGCUCCACCGGCAAUGCGGACUGCCUGUUGGACACGGUCACGGCGCUCGUUGCCGACUGCGACCACCCCGCGAUACGACGUAUGAAAAACGUCGAGGCCUACACCAGCAGGUAUGAAGAAUUUGCUUCAGAAAUUGUGAAUCUACGCAUGAAGGCAGCUGACUUUGACUUAAUCAAAGUGAUUGGUCGAGGAGCAUUUGGUGAGGUACAACUAGUCAGGCAGAAGUCUACAAAUCAAGUGUAUGCCAUGAAGCUACUAAGUAAAGUAGAAAUGAUAAAAAGGUCUGACUCCACUUUCUUUUGGGAGGAAAGACAUAUCAUGGCUCAUGCAAACUCUGAGUGGAUUCUAAAAUUACACUUUGCUUUUCAAGAUCAAAAAUAUUUGUACAUGGUCAUGGAUUACAUGCCUGGUGGUGAUCUUGUUAGUCUUAUGUCAAAUUAUGAUAUUCCUGAGAAAUGGGCUAAAUUCUAUACUAUGGAAAUUGUAUUAGCUUUAGAUGUCAUUCACGGAAUGGGCUUUGUUCACCGUGAUGUCAAACCAGACAAUAUGUUAAUUGACAAGUAUGGUCAUCUAAAAUUAGCCGAUUUUGGAACAUGUAUGAGAAUGGGACCUGAUGGCCUUGUGCGUGCCAGCAAUGCUGUUGGUACCCCUGAUUAUAUUUCACCUGAGGUGUUGCAAUCACAAAAUGGAGAAGGGGUUUAUGGCCGAGAAUGCGAUUGGUGGGCAGUGGGAAUAUUUCUCUAUGAGAUGUUAAUAGGAGAUCCACCAUUUUAUGCUGACAGUUUAGUAGGAACGUAUGGCAAAAUUAUGGACCAUAGAAACUCCUUGCAGUUUCCUGAUGACAUUGAAAUUUCAAAAGAAGCUAAGUUGCUAAUACGAGGGCUGUUAACUGACAGAACUAGAAGGUUGGGCAGGAACAGUGUUGAUGAAAUCAAACAACAUCCAUUUUUUAUUAAUGACCAGUGGAGUUUUGAAAAUCUUAGAGAUUCUGUACCUCCUGUAGUACCGGAAUUAUCUAGUGAUGAUGACACUAGGAAUUUUGAUGACAUAGAAAAAUCUGAUGCUUUAGACGAAUCUUUUCCUGUGCCAAAGGCUUUUGUUGGGAAUCAUUUACCCUUUGUUGGGUUUACAUACAAUGGUGAUUAUCAAUUGUGUGCACGUCGAAUGAAACAGGCAGAUGUGGUAGACACUAUUUCUAAUAAUCAUAUAAAUAGUGUAGGUUCUGAAGCAAUAUUGCAGCUAGAAAAAUUGUUAGAAAGAGAAAGAGAUGGGCGACGCAAGCUAGAAGAUACACAAGUUGCACUCUGCGCUCAGUUAGAAGAUUUGUCUCAGAGAGAAGCUCGUAGUAAAAAAAUUAUAGCUGAAACUGAUAAAGAGCUUGCAUUACUAAGACAUGAUCUCAAAGAAAUACAGCGAAAGGCGGAAAUGGAAGUGGAAUCAAGAAGAAAAGCCGAAAUCAACUUAAUGGAGGCAAAGCGACGUCUUGAAGAAGAGCAGACUAAAAGAGCUAAAGAAAUUAGUAAUUUGCAAACAUACAACGAAAAGAUUAAUGCUUUAGAAAAACAAUUAGAAGAAUUAAGAGAAAAAUUAAAACAAGAGUCUGAGGCGGCAGCUAAGUCUAGGAAACAAGCAGCCGAACUGUCCGCCGCUCAGGCAGCUGCGGCUGCCGUCAACGAUGGCACAAUGGCCAGCUUACGAGCUCAACGCGAUACUCUCGAACGGGAACGAAGUGCUCUCUCCGAAGAACUCGGUGAAGUUAAGGCAGCUAAACAGCGGUCAGACGCUGCGGUGGCCGAAGCCACUAGUAGACUUAACGCCGCUCAUGCGGAACUAGAGAGAUCUUCAACUAGGUUGAGCCAGAUAAUGACAGACAAUCGGCAACUUUCCGAGCGUGUUUCAACAUUAGAAAAGGAAUGUACUUCCCUCGCGCACGAGCUCCGAGCGUCGCAACAUCUGUACCAGCAGGAGGUGCGCGCACAUCAAGACACUCAGAGGUCGCAGCUGCUCUCUAAACAAGAAGCCAACCUAGAGCUGGUUAAGGCCUUGCAAGCCAAGCUCAACGAAGAGAAGACGGCGAGACAAAUAUCCGAGUCGGCAUGUCAAGAAAAGGAGCGGCAGAUGUCGAUGCUCAGCGUCGACUACCGGCAGAUGCAGCAGCGAUUGCAGAAGUUGGAAGGUGAACAUCGGCAAGAGAGCGAGAAGGUGUGCGGGCUGUCGGCGGCGCUGGAGCAGGAGCGCGCGGCGCACGCGCGGGCGGCGGGCGAGGCGGGCGCGGCGGAGGCGGCGGCGCGCGCGGCGCACGCGGAGCGCGACGCGCGCGCGCGCGACCUGCUCGCCGUGCGCGCCGCGCUGCACGACACCGCCGAGAAGCUCGCCGCCGCCAGCGCCGAGCGGGACAUGCACUAUGCCAGGAGCGAAGAGUUGCGAUCGCAGCUUGAGAACGAGCAGCACUAUUGCCACGUGUACAGGAGCCAGGUGAACGAGAUCCGCUCGCAGAUGGAGGAGAGCUCGCGGGCGGCGCGGGACCUCGAGCAGGAGCGCUCCAGCCUGCUGCACCAGCUGCAGCUGGCCAUCGCCAGGGCCGACUCGGAGGCUAUCGCUAGGUCGAUCGCCGAGGAGACGGUGGGCGAGCUGGAGAAGGAGAAGACGAUGAAGGAGCUGGAGAUGCGCGAGGCCAUGGCGCAGCACCGCGCCGAGCUCGCCGCGCGCGACGCGCUGCUGCAGGGGCUGCGCGACCGCGACCACGAGCACCGCGCCACCAUCGACCUGCAGCGGAAGGAGGUGGACGAGUUGCGCCGCAGCGGCACCGCGCUGGCGGAGCGCGUGGCCACGCUGCAGCGGCUGCAGGAGGACGUCGACCGCCUCAACAAGAAGCUCAACUCAGAGAUCAUGCUCAAACAACAGGCCGUCAAUAAACUCGCAGAAAUCAUGAACAGAAAAGACAUGAACCCGGCAUCGACGAAGAACAAGAGCAAGAUGUCGGUGCGCAAGGACAAGGACUACCGCAAGCUGCAGCAGGAGUUGACGCGCGAGAAGGAGAAGUUCGACCAGCACAUAUCGAAGCUGCAGCGCGACCUGCAGGAGUGCCAGCAGCAGCUGCUUGACGAACAAUCCACCAGGCAGCGGCUUGCUAUGGAGGUGGACAGUAAAGACGCAGAAAUCGAGCAACUGAAAGAGAAACUCGCAGCCCUUACCAGUGAGACAGCAUCUCAAUCGUCCGCCGACGCAGAGGAUGGUGAGACGGAGCAGACGCUGGAGGGCUGGCUCUCCGUUCCGUUCAAGCAGAAUAUACGCCGGCACGGCUGGAAGAAGCAGUACGUCGUGGUCUCGUCCAAGAAGAUCAUCUUCUACAACACCGAGAGCGACAAGCAGAACACUACCGAUCCUGUUAUGAUUCUCGAUCUCAGCAAGGUGUUCCACGUGCGGUCGGUGACGCAGGGCGACGUGAUCCGCGCGGACGCGAAGGACAUCCCGCGCAUCUUCCAGCUGCUGUACGCGGGGGAGGGCGAGGCGCGCCGGCCCGGCGACGCGCAGGACACGCCGCAGGACGCUGCCGACCACGCCGGUAACACGGUGCAGCAUAAGGGCCACGACUUAGUGAGCAUCACCUACCACAUACCGACCGCGUGUGAGGUGUGCACGCGCCCGCUCUGGCACAUGUUCCGUCCGCCACAGGCCUACGAGUGCAGGAGGUGUCGCAUGAAGAUCCACGCGGAGCACGUGGGCGAGGGCGAGGCGGGCGGCGGCGGCGUGGCGGCGUGCAAGCUGCACGCGGACCGCGCGCGCGAGCUGCUGCUGCUGGCGCCCGGCGCGCACGAGCAGCGCCGCUGGGUGGCGCGCCUCGCCCGCCGCGUGCAGCGCCACGGCUACCGCGCGCACCACCACCACAACCACGACCACACCAAGCUCUCGCCCAGGGACUCGAUGCGGUCGAGCCUGAAGCCGUCGCACAUGAACGUGUCGCAGCGCAGCUCCACGCUGCCCGCCAACGCGUCGCUGCCUCGCCAGUGAGCCGCCGCCGCCACUCGCUCCAGUAACACAUUCAUCCACUCGAUUUUCGCUCGUGCCGUUUUAUUUUAUACUAACACUGAGCUUUUCCGUUCUGCGGCGUGUGGAAUAUUUAAGACUCGACUCAGUCUGCUACGGUCGCUGUACUUUAAGUUGGUACGUGGGGAAAUGUAGUUAUCGAACCUCGACUCGUCGACGCAUUUUGAUCUGGCAUUUGAAAUUCGUGUUGUUUAUCUGAACUUAUAAAUUGUUCGCCUAGUCUUUUAAAUGUAAAUUUAAGCGUUUUUGUCCAAAAUGUAUUCUAAAUCGGCGUUAAUGUGGUGACAAUUAAAUAUUUGAUAUUUGUACUUAUGUAAGUUAACAUCAGUUUUCCCAUUUAUCUGUUAAAAAAGACAUGUAUCGAUAAUGGAACCUUAGGCGGUGGUGCUAAUUGUUAAAACAAUUGUAAUUAUAAUGCGGUUUUACAUUUUGCGCGUUCAUUCUGUGGUUAUCAGUUCAAAAUUGUUUUGUUAAGUUGCGUGGUGUAUAUAUAUAUUAUUAAAUAUUAGUUGCAUUGUAUUGAUAUUGUUGUAGAAGUUUCGCUUGUACCAUGCGUUACCGCGUUGUUUGAUCCGACACCGUUGCUGUGGCGAUUGCUUUAUUUAAAACAAAUGUUUGUGCCAGCUUUAUAAUCAGAUCCGACUUGAACACCAGUAAUUCAACAGUGAACAUCAUAUUUAUAAGCAAAUAAUUUUUGUUUCAAAUGGAAUUGUUUUAUUUCGAGUGAAAUUCGCUUGUGUUGUAUAUUAUUUCAAACGUAGAUAAGGAUAUAUAUUCUAUAAUAUUUUUGUUACGUUUUGUUUACACACCAAACUGCGACUACGCGUUAAAUUAUGAAUAACAUAAUGCUUUAUUGAUGUUAUUUGUUUAGUAUUUGCAUAUGAAACGGUGAAAUGUCAUUCAUGACGUUUAAACGUAAGUGAAGAUAAUAAUUAACGUGCAUAGCGUCGAGGUGAUUGCAAUUAAACAGGAAUUGAUUUAACGAUAGUAACUAACUCUAUUUUGUAUUCUGCACUGUUUAUUUAUAUUCGUUGAUGACUAUUACAUGGUUCCACGUUAUAUUACUUAGGGUUUACGCAAAUUAUCGGCAGGAUCAGAUCGGGAUCGCCCUGCGUUGAAAUAAUUAAUUGAAAAAGGGACUUAAGUUAUGUGGUAUAUGGCACAUAUUGUUUUUUUGUUUAUUUGCACUGUAUAAAAAGUGCUUUGGCGUAUAAUUCUCUCAAUACUCUAUUUAGGGGUGUGGCGAGUCUGAUGUGGCCCGAUAAGUGUGCGGUCGACCUUAAUGCUUGUAGCGUAGGACUAUGUCACAGUCGACCGACGGGAAUAUAGUGAUAUCGAAUGUUUAUUACACUAUUGUGAAGUGAUACACAGAUUUAUUAUGAAUAAGUACAGCGGACACAUAUUGUCGCGAUGCAUUUGCAAUUAACGAAUAAACAGUGCCAUAAAUGUUUAUUUUUGUGUAGUAAUCCCCCCCUCAUAUAUUUGCUCAAAUCAAAUAGUUCUUUUAACGAAAUUCUACAUUCUUGUUACUUAAUUUACGUGAAAUGGACGGGCUUCCUCCGACUACUCGAUCAAUUUAAUAUAGAUUAAUGAGUAGCGGAAAAUUAGGCCUAUUAUAUAGGUAAUUAAAAAUUGUACUGCCUUUACUGUUCGUAUUGAUACUUACUGUGUAAUGUUUUACGGAUUUGCAAUAAUUUUUGCUCUAGUACACUACGAAGGAUACUUGAAAGCAAUAAUUUAGAAUCGUUGUCUCGGUUAAAAUAUACUUGAUGUUAAUGUUGAAUUUAAUGGAAACUAUAUUCAACUGAGUGUGUUCAGCUUGUUUUAAUUCACUAUGUACCAGUUCAUCUCGUCAGUGAAUGCCAGCUUUAACAUCAAUUAUGUUUCUAUUAAAUCAUGUUUAUUGUGAAUUGUAAUUAGAAACGCCAAUUUUCCAGAGGGCCUUGUAAAUUGUUAUGUAUAAAAGUCCUCGUUAGUUGUGAUUAUAAAAGUACAAACCGAAUUGGGGAGUUUGCAACUAUACGAGUGUUGUAACGACGCUGACGACACAAUCGUGUCGGGGAACUCUCGACCAUGCUGUUGUUUACUCUUUCUAUUGAUAUGGAUGCGAUAGAGACGGAGGCUGAGGGAUUCGCAACGGAUAGUUGUAGAGCGAUAUUGGACGAGCUACUCGUGGGAGCUCAAGACGUUGUGGUGCUAAGCCUACACGGACACCGGCCUCCAACGCCUACUUGUUACUAGUGGUUCUUGUUGAAACGUGAUAAUAAUGAAAUGCUCUGUUUAUUAUUGCAUUACACACUGUUUACAUUCCGCAAACCAAACUAUGUUGAAUUUGUUUACCUUAGUUAUACAUAUCGAUGCAAGUUGUUUUCAAUCACUUAUCCACGUAACAUUUACGGAAUUAGUAGUAAGUUGGAAACAAUCUCUGUCGUGAUGACAUACGAAUUUCAUGUAACGUACUUAAGUGUUUGAUUAAUUGCAAUUCAUUGUAGUUUUUACGCUUAUUUUUUUUAUAUAAAUUUUAAAUUGUAUUUUAUUAGGGCAGCUAUUGCAUAGUUCGCGUUCUUUCAUUCCAUAUGUGUAUGUGUAUCUCGCGGUCGGAAAUGGUAUUUGUUGCCAAAGAAAUGUUGAAAGAUUGGAAAUUAACAAAAUUGAUGCAUUAUACAUUUGAGCUCUCGAUGUCCACGUUUACUAUUCAUGCUUAUCAUGUUUAUUAAUGAACUAUAAUAAUAUUGUUACGUACCUAUGCAUAAUUAUUAUAAGCCUGUUUUUAAAAUGGCAUUUUUCGGGAGUAUUUUUAUGGUGAAUCGUGAAAACCGUGGAACGCGGCGGCGAUGUAAGAAAUACUUCCAAAUUGUCUUCUCUAUGUAACAAUAAUGGACAUUGUGUAAAUUAUUUAUUUUUGAAUACAUCGUUUAACUGUAACGUGUUAUUUAUCGCGCUAAAAGUGUAAGUUCCUAACUGCCUAGUGCCUAGCCUGUCAGUUCGUAAAGCACUCGCCGGCUAGCCUCCCGCUGAUACGUUUCAUUUAAUAUAGCAAAUGUUAUCGUUUAAUGGGUGUAUUUUAUAUUAUUGAUAUAUAGCUUGGAAGAAUGAAUUGUUUGGAACUGGACAGAGUAGUUAUCGCUGUAGCGCGCGGCGACGUCGCCACGUCGUGACGUCACGCGUCACGUCGUGACGUCACUCGCGUCAUGCAAUAUACUAAUAUCACGUGCCUUGGCUACGGCCCACUCCCAUAUCUCCUAGAAAUAAUAUGUUAUAACGUAUCAAUAGUUUCGUAAUGUACAUAUGUUUGCAAAUAAAUGAAUAUUUUAUAGAUUUUUUAUGAAAUUUGUAUAUUGUAAAGAUUUUUAAUUUUAUCAUAGAAUAAUGCCUAACUGACAAUGCUAAAUUCGUGAGAAAUAAAUAACAUUUUAAAA